AUGUCUCGCCAGUCCUGUGGUCUCGGCAAGGGAUUCAGCUCCAGCUCCGCUUGCUUUGGAGGGAGGAACAAGGUCACGUUCAGCUCUGUGUCCCGGGGAGGAUGCAGGGGACCUGGCAACGCCGGUGGCUUCAGCAGCAGGAGCCUCUAUUGCUUGGGAGGGAGUAAAAGCACCUCUCUGGGAGGAUUUGGUGGAGGUGGUGGUGUCUGCAGAGGUUUUGGAGCUGGUGGUCAAGGUGGCUUUGGCUAUGGCUACGGUGCUGGGGCAGGAUUUGGUGGUGGCUGUGGUGGUGGGGCUGGAGGUGGCUUCGGUGGAGGCCUUGGUGGUGGUUUUGGUGGCUUUGGUGGAGGCUUUGAUGGCGGGAUGGGAGGCCAAGGCUUUCUCCCUUGCCCACCGGGCGGCAUCAGGGAAGUGACCAUCAACCAGAGCCUGCUGGCCCCACUCAACCUUGAAAUCGACCCUGAGAUCCAGCAGGUGCGAACACAAGAGCGGGAGGAGAUGAAGAAGCUCAACAACAAAUUCGCUUCCUUCAUUGACAAGGUCCGGUUCCUAGAGCAGCAGAACCGAGUGCUGGAGACCAAGUGGAAGCUCCUGCAGGAGCAGGGUGGCACAGGGACGGGUGGCAGGAACCUCGACCCCUUUUUUGAAACCUACAUCAGUGGGCUGAGGAAGCAGCUGGACAGUCUCUCCAGCGAGAAGCAUCAGUUGGAGUCAGAGCUGAAGAGCUUCCAAGAUAUGGUGGAAGACUUCAAGACCAAGUACGAAGAGGAAAUAAACAAAAGGACAGCUGCAGAGAAUGACUUUGUCCUCCUAAAGAAGGAUGUGGACGCAGUCUACAUGACCAAGGUGGAGCUUCAGGCAAAAUUAGACUCUCUGGCAGAUGAGAUUAACUUCUUGAAGUACCUUUAUGAAGCGGAGCUGUCUCAGAUGCAGAAGACUGUUUCCGACACCUCUGUGGUUCUCUCCAUGGACAACAACCGAAACCUGGACCUGGACAGCAUCAUUGCAGAGGUCAAAGCCCAAUAUGAGGAGAUUGCCAACAGGAGCCGAGUGGAGGCUGAGUCUUGGUACAAAUGCAAGUACGAAGAGCUGCAGGCCACCGCAGGCAAACACGGAGACAGCCUUAAGGACACAAAGGCGGAGAUCUCUGAGCUCAACCGCAUGAUCCAGAGGAUACGGGCUGAGAUCGAGAGCGUGAAGAAACAGUGUGAAACUCUGCAGAGCUCCAUUGCGGACGCUGAGGAACGUGGGGAGGUGGCCCUCAAGGAUGCCAGAGCCAAACUGACUGAACUGGAGACAGCCCUGCAGAAGGCAAAGCAGGACAUGGCCCGGCAGCUCCGGGAUUACCAGGAGCUGAUGAACGUCAAGCUGGCCCUGGACGUUGAGAUUGCGACCUACAGAAAGCUCCUGGAAGGAGAGGAGUGCAGGAUGUCUGGAGAGUGUCAGAGCUCCGUGAGUGUCUCCGUGGUGGGAGGCGGCAACAGCUCUGCCGGAGGUGGAUAUGGCGGUGGAUUGUGCCUUGGAGGAGGAGGAAUGGGAUUCGGAGCUGGCAGCGGGAGAGGCAGCUGUAACACCGGCGGUGCUGGCUUCUGCUACAGCCUUGGAGGCGGCGGAUUUGGCUCCGGGGGAGGAUUCGGCGCUGGGGGGGGAUUCGGCUCUGGAGGGCGCUCCCCUCAAGACCCUGUGAAGAUGCUGGUCAUCAAGGUGCUGGGACUCCUUUGGAAGCGCAACCUGCCCGUCCACCAGAAAGCCCCUCACGCGGCUGGGAUGCGGCUCUGA